AUGCAGGACAUUGCAGCUGCGAUCAACAUGAUCCAAUUCUACACUGGCGUGCAGGCCUCCAUCAAGCUGUCCCCUCACACGCGGGAAACUCGACCGCCGACCGCUUUGUUCUCAACCGCGGCCUCUGCUGCUCCCUCUCGUGCUGCACCUCGUGCUGUCUCCCGCGCUGCCUCCCCUUUCCCCCGUCCCCCGGUGUUGCGCGGAGCAGGGCUGCAGGCGCUGGUGCAGUACAACAACCAGGCGAGCGCGGCCGCCGCCAAGACCAACCUGCAGGGCCGCAACAUCUACGACGGCUGCUGCACGCUCGACAUCCAGUUCUCCAAUUUGAGCGAGCUACAGGUGCAUUACAACAACGAGCGCACCAGAGACUAUGUCAACCAGCUGCCGGAUCAGCCGGGCAAGGCACCCAUGAUGCAGACGUCACUGUUUGGCGAGGGCGGGAAUGUGUAUGGCGCCAUGCCCGGGCAGCGGCCGGGUGUGUUUCCGGGACAGAUGGGGCAAAUGGGGCAGAUGGGGCAGAUGGGACAGAUGGGGCAGCCGGGCAUGCCCCAGCCGGGCAUGGGCGGCCUCAACGCAUAUGGGAACCCCGGCAUGGCAGCAGCAGCGGCGGCGCAGAUGUUCGGGGGCAACCUGCCGCCGGGUGUGACGGGCACCAACGACCGCUGCACACUGCUCAUCUCCAACAUCCACCAUGAGGUGGUGGACGCGGACAAGCUGUUCAACCGCGUUCUCAACUACUGCUAUGUGGUGCCCUUAUCACGCAGAGCCCGUCGUUACUACAUGCUCUCUACCAUGCUCCACCCUCUCUACCGUCUCCAACCGUUUACAUGCCAAGUGGUGGACGCGGACAAGCUGUUCAACCGCGUGCCCAACUACGGCAACGUGGUGGUGGAUGCAGACAAGCUGUUCAACCUGGUGUCCAACUACGGCAACGUGGUGCGAAUCAAGUUCCUGCACAACAAGCCCGACCAUGCCCUCGUGCAGCUCGCUGAUGGGCUGCAGGCCGAGCUCGCCGUCACUUAUCUCAAGCCCGACCAUGCCCUCGUGCAGCUCGCUGAUGGGCUGCAGGCCGAGCUCGCCGUCACUUAUCUUAAGGGUGCUGCCGUGUUUGGGAAGCGGCUGGAGGUGAACUAUUCCAAGUACCCGUCCAUCAACCCUUCAGCCGACACUAAAGACUACUCCACGUCCAACCUGAACCGCUUCGGCCGCAACGCGCCCAAGAACUACCGCCACUGCUGCGCGCCCACGCGCAUGCUGCACUGCAGCAACCUGCCAGCUGACGCCAGCACUGACAUGGUGGUAGAGCACAUGGCCCCGCACGGGCCCGUGCUGGGGUCUAAGGUGAUCGACAAGGACGGGAAGAAGCAGGUGCUCGUGCUGUUCGAAACGGUGGAGGCGGCCACUGAUGCGCUCGUGGCAAAGCAUGCCACGCCCAUCGGUGGGCAGGUGAUUGACAAGGACGGGAAGAAGCAGGUGGUGCUGCUGUUUGAAACGGUGGAGGCGGCCACUGAUGCGCUUGUGGUGAAGCAUGCCACGCCCAUCGGUGGGCAGGUUAUCCGGCUCGCCUUUUCCAAGAGCCAAAAUCUGUAG